AUGCAGCAUGAUGAGGUUAUAUGGCAAGUCAUCAGACACAAUCACUGCAGUUAUAUGUCCAAAAUUGAAACAAAGAAUUUUUGUCGGAACCCGUAUAACGUGACGGGGAUAUGUAAUCGGAGUUCUUGCCCUCUUGCUAAUAGUCGCUAUGCCACCAUCCGUGAAGACAAUGGAGUGUUUUAUUUAUACAUGAAAACGAUAGAAAGGGCUCAUAUGCCAAACAAAUUGUGGGAAAGAGUUAAACUACCACAAAAUUAUAAUGAAGCCCUAGAAGUCAUUGACAAACAUAUGAUGUAUUGGCCGAAGUUGCUUAUUCAUAAGAUAAAACAACGAUUAACAAAGAUGACUAAGACAAGGAUACGCAUGAGGAAGAUUGCUUUGAAAAACAGUGAAAUAUUAAUUCCGAUACCUAGAAAACAGAGGAAAAGAGAGGCCAGAAGAGAAGAAAAGGCCGAAAAGGCAGCAGUUUUGGAAAAGAGCAUUGAUGAGGAAUUACUUAAACGGCUCAAGGGAAAAAUCUAUAAAGAUGUGGAUCAUGAGGUUAUAAACUAUCCUUACGAAAAAUUCGUGAAACUUGUUUCGGAAAUGGCAGAGCCUGUUGAAAUAGAGUAUGUUGAAGGUGAAGAGGAAUAUGAUGAUAUAGAAGACCUCGGCCUUCAAUUUGGCAAUGAUGAUGAUCCUGUUGGAACUGAUGAUGAAGAAGAAUACAAUAAAGAGGGCCAUGAGAGAAAAGAGGAGGAUUCUGGUUUGUCUUAUAGGAAACUUGCACCAAGAUUUAGAUUGGAGAAGAAAGCGAAAGUUCUUAUGGAGGUUGAGUAUGAAGAUGGAAGCAAGAGACGGACAAAUGUGCAUUAG